ACUUUUCUCCCCUCCAACAGCAGCUCACCAUACUCCAAGAAUGACAGCAGAAAUCAUGUCUUCAGGGAGAAGUAUACUUUUUCGUCUUACUAUCAGCACUCCUCCCCCAUAGCUGCCAUGUUCAUCCUGGCCUACAUCUUCAUCUUCCUGAUGUGCAUGAUUGGCAAUAUGCUGGUAGGCGUCAUCGUGCUGAAGAAUCGGCAGAUGCGGACCGUCACCAACAUAUUCAUUCUCAACCUGGCCAUCAGUGAUCUGCUGGUGGGCAUCUUCUGUAUGCCAACCACCCUAGUGGACAACCUGAUCACAGGUUGGCCAUUUGACAACAUCAUGUGUAAAAUGAGUGGAUUGGUGCAGGGGAUGUCUGUCUCAUCUUCAGUUUUCACUCUGGUAGCCAUUGCAGUGGAAAGGUUUCGUUGCAUUGUUUACCCCUUCAGACAGAAGCUAACUCUGAGGAAAGCCCUAAUCACCAUAGUUAUCAUUUGGGUCUUGGCCUUGAUAAUCAUGUGCCCCUCUGCAGUCACCUUGACAGUCACCAGGGAUGAAUAUCAUUUCAUGGUGGAUGCAUACAACAAUUCCUACCCACUCUACUCCUGCUGGGAGGCAUGGCCUGACAAGGGAAUGCGAAAGAUCUACACAACCGUACUCUUUUCUCACAUUUACGUGGCCCCUCUUACUUUAAUUGUGAUCAUGUAUGCACGUAUCGCUUUCAAACUUUUCAAGUCCUCUGUACCCAUAGGAAGCUCCCAGUCAGAGGAGAAUGAGGGGAGGAGGGUCUCCAAGAGGAAAGUCAAGGUUAUCAACAUGUUGAUCAUAGUGGCAUUGUUCUUCACUCUCUCCUGGUUGCCCCUGUGGACUUUAAUGCUGCUGACAGAUUAUGGAAACCUAACUGAGUACCAGCUCAACGUGAUCACAGUUUAUAUUUUUCCAUUUGCCCAUUGGCUGGCAUUCUUCAACAGCAGCAUCAACCCAAUCAUCUAUGGGUAUUUCAAUGAGAACUUCCGAAGAGGGUUUCAGGAGGCUUUCAAGGUCCAGCUCUGCUAUGUGGAGAACAAGCACAAGGAUACUUAUUCAGAGAGGAACAAUAGUGGGUUCCUUUUUGGAGCACGAAACCGCAUUUUUGUUGAAGCACGCCCUAGUGAUUCAGUGCAACCCUCCCAGUCUGGACAAAGUAACCUCCCAAGAAUUGGGUUAUUUCCUCUGAGGAAUGGGCGUAUUGCUCACCAUGGGCUGAUGGUGGAGGACUUGGACAAUACAGCUUGUUCUCACAACAGUGUCAGCGUCCCAGCUUGGGAUAUCUAA